UUGAUAGUCAUCCAAAUGUCAAAGACAUGUGCUAUCUACCACUACACUUGGCAAUAAUACUGUACAUUAACCAGUUCAAGGGCAGUAAUCCACUCCCUGAGACAGAAACUGAGAUCUAUAUUCAGUUCAUUGCUCAUUCCAUUAUCCGCUACAUUAGAAGAGAGAAGGCAGUUGACUACAUCAACAUUAGGAAUUUCAAAGAUGUAGAAAGAGAGCUGAAAGAGGAGGGACAAGAUGAAUUGGACUUGUUCCAUGCAAUCUGCAUGAUUGCUUUUGAAACAAAGCUUGUAUCACACUUGAUUUUUGGGGACAGUUAUCUCAUAGACCACUUCCCUGAUCAUUUUAGCAGUCGCUCUUAUCGUAACAAGUUAUCAAAGAAUGGCUUGGGCAUUUUGUCUAACUAUACUAAAAAGAUUCAAACAAAUUUUGAAGAGCCACAGUACAGUUUCCAGCACUUGACCGUUCAGGAGUUCCUGGGAGCUUACUACCUCAGUAGAGUUAGCUCUGAAAAUUGUCUGGAGUAUAUUGAGUUACAUGGAAGGUCUAAUGAUUUGAGACAAUUGUGGAGGUUUUUCUUUGGUCUUACUAAGCACAGCCCCUCAUCUCCAGUAUACUUUGAUAAGAUCUUAGCUGCAAAUUCAUCCCAAGGCAGUGAAACACUGUUCCUUGCCCAUUGUCUCUUUGAAGCUCAGAAGUCUGAGUACAGCACUCAAAACUGCAGGGCUUUCCUGGCAUCGAGGAACGGAAAGGUUGAUGUUAGUAAUAUCAUUCUUAAUUCUUCUGACUGUGCUGCUAUUGGGUACUCAGUCUCUCAGUGUCCUCUCGAUCUGAGGGAGCUAGUCAUGAAUUACUGUCAGGUUGGUUCUGGUGGAAUUAGAGCUAUGAAUUACCAAAUGGAUGAAGUAAAAGCCAUUUUUACCAAUGCCAUAGAUAUGCAGGUAAGAUCACAAUUUAAUCCUAUUGGCAAUGAAGGAGGGAGCCCGUUGACUGAUGUAUUAGAAAAAAUGCCACAUCUUACUGAACUGAGGCUUUAUGGUAAUGAGCUUGGAAAUCAAAAGCUCUUAGAGCUACAACCAGUCAUUUCUUCAAUGACUAAUCUUCGCAUUCUUGUCCUAACUAAAAAUAAUCUUGACCCCAAGUCAGGUGAAACCAUGGGCAAAAUUAUUUGUAACUUAAGAAGUUUGAUCCAGUUCCACGCCAGUUAUAACCCGAUUGGUACUGAAGGAUUGGAACAUUUAUUGCCAGGACUUCUCAAUUGUAAACAAUUACAAAGGCUUGAGCUUUGUGAUUGUCGGCUUUCUAGCAAGUCAGGCCAACUGUUCAGUAAAAUAAUAUCACAACUGUCAAACCUUGAGCAACUUGAAUUGUAUCGUAACCAACUUGGUGAUGAUGGUAUUGAAGACAUGAUUGAGAGUCUUAAAGUUGCUCCAAACCUGAAACAAUUAAAUUUUACACAGAAUGGUAUCACUGAUAGAGGUGGUUGUUGCUUAGCAGAACUAGCUGAAGUUGCACCUUCAUUGCAAGAAAUGAGGCUGUUUUAUAAUGAGGUCUCUGAUGUGACAAGGAAAGCAUUUUAUGAGGCUGCACAAAGAAGGACUCAACAAGAACUCCACGAAAUCCGAUAUGCCAUUUAACUUUACCUUUUAAUUUUUUGCUGUGUAACAGAAAAUUGUUUUUGCCAUAGAUAUUAGCAAGAGUCCA